AUUAUGAGCCAGCUGCUCUGCUGAGCUCGACAAGGUAAAAUUUUCACACGCACUACACGUGAUUAAGUCAAGCGGAAAAACAAUAAGCUUUGAAAGUGGCUCCACAUGUCAGAAUCAGACAAACACAAAUGUAUGGUGAUGCAUGGAUUUCUAACUCAGCGAAAUCACUUUCUGUAAAACUAAAGGCUGAUGUCGAUGUGUUAUGUGAUGGGCCCUUCUUUGUUGAUCAUGUACCGGCCUCUGCACUGAAGUUCUGGUGAAUUAACAAAUUACUGUCAAGACUAAGGAUUAUUUGCUGAUGAGAACAGACCUGAUCAAUAUGGCUUCAGAAGAUGACCUCCAGAAAAGCAAUUCUGCCACCUAUCUGAUGUCUCUAUCUUAUCAACGCAAUGUAAUGCGUAACCAUCGUAAGAAGGCUGCUGCUGCUCAUCCUGUAUCAAGAUUAGCAGCAAGGAGACAGACCAUGCUUGGACCUCAGAGUAUUGUACUACCAGCCCAUCUUCAACAUCUACAGGGAGAAGAUAACUCAGAGAGCAAGUUAGAUGAAACAACGCUUAAGAGAUUAGAUUCCAUGCGUAGUGCACAUGCCUAUCAAGCUCAUGAUAUCAACAAACAUGAGGAUGAAGAAGAGGAGGAACUUGAGGUGAGGAGAAACAAGAUUCUUGGAGAUGCAGGAUUCUUACGACAUCAGCUCUAUGAUUUGACAGAAUCUCCUCUCUUUACUGGGUUCAUCCUCUGUGUUAUUUUGUUCAAUGCUUUUAUGCUGUGUGCUCUCACAUUCAGUGUAAUUAAAGUUAGAGCAGAAUGGCAUUUCAAGCUUAUUGACUACAUCCUUCUUGUCAUCUAUUUCAUGGAGUGUGCUAUUAAGAUCUAUGUUUGGCGUUGGGACUUCUUCAAAGAAAUGUGGAACAUUAUGGACUUUCUGAUUGUUAUAUCUAACGUGGCUGACUUUGGGAUUGAGAUCUUCUAUGGUGGUGAAGUUCAGAUUCUUGCCAUUCUAAGUAUCUUCCGAGCCAUGCGAGCAUUGAAAGCCCUCAGAGUACUAAAAACAGUCAGGUUUCUACGGAGCUUACAGGUGAUUAUGAAUACCUGUCUAGAAUCGGUUCAAUCUAUGGGGGCCAUCAUCAUGCUCAUCUCUCUCUUUCUCUAUAUAUUUGCUGUGAUAGGUCGUGGUCUGUAUGCUGACAUUGACAAAGAGAGAUUUGGAAACAUUGGAUCUGCUGCUCUUACUCUGUUCCAGCUCCUUACAUUGGAUGAUUGGUUCUACAUCUACUCAGAUGCUGUAGCUAGAGAUCCAAAUAACUUCCACAUAAUAUUCUACCUGAUAACCUACAUUGCUCUGGAGUAUUUCAUCUUUCUCAAUUUGUUUGUAGCUGUGUUGGUAGAUAACUUUCAACUGACGUUGGAUGCAGCCAGUGAAAGAGAUGCUCUCAGAAAAGCUGCUUUGAAAGAAGCUGAAGAUGCUCUCUUUGAUGAUGGUAUACACACACAUCCACUGGCUCCUAAACCAACAUUAUCUUCACUAAGUAAUGCCCAUAUCAAGAUGAAAACCAUUGAUGAUUAUUACGAUGAGGAGGAUUACUCUACUAGUGAGAAGAAAUACCUUAGUCACUUCCUACAAUUACUGGCUUCCAUUGAGCACAAUGGACAUAUCUUACGCAAUCAACAAGGAACGUUGGACAAAGUGGUACUCUUGGUUCAAGAUACGGUGGAUGAUGCAUAGAUAAAUUCCAUCUUCUCUUCAGACAGGACUCUUGGGAGAAGACAUCAUAAGAGUACAGUACUUUGUCUACAUUCUUAUGAACUGACAUGUCUGUGGCCAAUUCAGGAUAUGUACACUACAGACCAACUGGAAUCCUCCCAUGGACUGAGGGUGGUUCAGAGGAUGUUUGAUCUGUAUCAUUGAAUACAUACCUAUUCAACAUUGCCCAUUGAAUACCUAUUCAACAGUGCCCAUUGAAUACAGGUCUAUUUAACAUUGCCCAUUGAAUACCUAUUCAACAGUGCCCAUUGAAGACAGGUCUAUUCAACAUUGCCCAUUGAAUACAGGUCUAUUCAACAUUGCCCAUUGCUCUUAUUGCUACAUACAUGAUUAUGACAAAUGAUCUGGUGUGAAAAGGAAUGAUUGCAUUAUUUUCUGAAAUUGAACCACUGACUUUCCGUGAUGGAAGAUUUUUCUUGAAGAAGAAAAAACGGUGAAAAUUCAAAUAUUUUAUAACUUGUUCAGAAUUGUUUUCUUUUUUCAGUUCGUUUUUUUUUUUUUUUCCAUUUCUCUUUUUGUUUCUUUUGUUAUUUGAUUUAAAAACUAAAUAAAAGCUAACAACAUAUCUGCCAUAAUUCAUGUGUUGUGUAUUUUUGAAGAAAGAGGAAUUAAACACUUUAGAUAACAUAGUUUUAAAUUGUAACUAAAUCAAAAAAUGUCAUCCGUAUAUAGCCCCAAACCCACAUCAUUUUGCCUGGAUCUUUGGUUUUAAACCCCCCAGGUUGAUGUAUUGUAUAACAGGACAUUCAGCUUUAUACAGAGCUAGAAAUGCUUUAAAUGUUCAACUAAAUAACUAUCCAUAGAAGGGCACUGCAGCAGAAAUACUGUAUGACUCCAUUUUCAAAGAUAACACAUUAAACAAAGUCAUUGGCACUUGUAGGUUAAAAAACUAAAACGGGAAGAACAACAAAGUGGGUUUUUGCCAUAUAAAUCGGUCAUGUUUACAUUUAACAUUUUGUAAAUGCUGUUCAUCAUAAAAUGCUAUUGAAC